CCAUUCAUUCGGGCAAUCGGGGGAAUCGCAAACGUUCGAACAGCGACGAACAGCGAGUUUAAACACAGAGACUCUCGUUCAGAACAUUUCCAUACUCCGACUUUGGAACCUCUGUUCCCGACUGUUCUCUCGACGCUGCCAUACCGAUUCGAUCGAAUCCGCGCUGAAGCUAGCUAGCCACCGACCAACGUUGCGCCUUAGACGCCGAACUCCGCGAGCGAACGGUAUACUCGAGCUCGCAACCAUCGGAUCGGAUCGACCUCGACCUACCCUGUCCAUAUUCACAGCACCACAUCAACGAGUUGUCUAUUAGGCUACAGAUCAGUAGUAUUGAGCAUCAGAUUAGCGAGACGAAAGCAUGGCUACCACUCCAGCCGAUGAGCUCAAAGGCUUUGACACGAGCAAGCUGGAGACCGAAGAUGACGAUUCGGCUCCCGCUGUCGUACCCGAGACUGGAGGAGGAGAGAGCAAAGUGAAGGUCAUCCUCGGUUUAUUGAAGAAGUUGAUCGGUGUGUCCGAUGUUGCAAACCUACGACUCUCGCUCCCGGCUUCUCUGCUCGAGCCGAUCCCUAAUCUGGAAUACUGGCAUUACGCCGACCGACCCGAUAUCUUUGCCAGUAUGGGAGACUCCCCGGACGAGCUGGAGAGGAUGUUGUCCGUCAUGCGGUAUAGCUUUUCGAACCAGCUCAAGUUUGUCAGGUACAAGAUCGGGAAACCCUACAACUCCACCCUUGGCGAACACUUUCAAUGCAACUGGUCUUUGUCACCUGUUACCUUUGAUCCAAAGACAAAGGCACCCGUGAUCAACGCCUACAAGUUUGAUCCGAGCACGAACGGUGGAGAGCGAGAGUUGGUCGCGAUGAGCGCGAUGAGUACGCCUAUGGUUGCGGCUGUCGAGACUGGAGACGAUGUCUCGGUCAGGUCUCUUGGAUCUCCAUCUCAGACAGCCUCAGGUAACGCAGGCUCGAAGAUCCUCCCGACGCCGUCCAAGUUGAAGCUCGGUCGAGCAUUCUCGGCUAGGUCUUCGACUGAGAUUGCCGCGGUCAAGGAUAUGGAAAAGGCCGUAGCAGGGAUGACGAUCCGGGACAAGGACGAGAAAGUCGAGGUCGUUUACUUGACGGAACAAGUCUCGCACCAUCCUCCUAUCAGCUCGGCAUACUACUGUUGCCCUCAGCGAGGUGUCGAAAUGUCUUGCGUUGAUCAGAUCUCGGCCAAAGUAUCUUUCCCAUGCGUGCAAAUUACCCCCGGCUCUGCCAACCAAGGACUGUUUAUCAAGCUAUCCGACCCAUCACCAGGAGCUGGCGAAACGUAUCAAAUUACUCAUCCGAUCGCUCAGGUCAACGGAAUCAUGCGUGGGCAGUACUAUGGCACCAUCAGCGACAAGACGGUCAUCACGUGCACUAGCGACAAACCAGGCUUGAGAUUGAAAGCGAUCACUGAGUAUAAGGAUGAGUCUUGGUUGGGCAAGCCAAAGUUUGCGCUUGAAGGUAUCGUCUUCCAGUACGACCCGAGCAAAGCAGACGAGGUCGCCUGGAGCAAGAUCAAGAGCGUGCCCUCUGACCGGAUAUUGGGCAACUAUGAAGGGUCGUGGCGGAAACAGAUCAAGUGGAGGCGAAAGGGUGAAAAGGAAUGGCGUAUCAUCAUUGACAUGGACGAGCUUGAUCUGGUGCCUAAGGACGUCCGACCGCUUGAGGAACAGACCGAGCGGGAGAGUCGGAAUCUGUGGAGGGAAGUCACGGGACAUAUCGUGGGCAAGAACUGGGGCGAAGCCACGCGGGAGAAGCAAAUCAUCGAACAGGCUCAACGUGAUCGAUCUCACGAGAUGAAGCAACAGGGUCGAACCCACAUCCCGACCUACUUUGAGCAAGACAUUUCCUCUGGACAACCCAAGCUUUCUGAGCAGGGGAGACAGACCAUACAACAAGAGCUCGCGAGGGCACGACGACACGCUGCAUGACCUAGACCGGGUAGCACCUCUGCUCCUCGACGAUGACGACGGAUCCCGCUUGCAGUCUAUAUAUAAUAACCAUUCUCGGUCAAGUGAUCUUGUUCCUCGGAUCGUGUAGUCAAUACCUUGAACGCUCAUGUCUGGAUCCAUGAUUUCCUGUACGCAUGUAGACAAGAUU